AUGACGGAAACGGAAGUUGUUGUAGCCGCUGCUGCUGCUUCGCCAACUAAGGCCAAGAAGGCUAAGGCAUCCAAGGGAGAGAAGAAACCGAAGAAGCCCGCAACGCAUCCACCGGUGAAUGAUAUGGUCCUGGCUGCAAUCAAAUCACUCAAGGAGCGUAACGGUUCGUCACUCCAGGCCAUCAAGAAAUAUAUCGCAGCAAACUUCAAGUGUGAUGUCGCUAAAUUAGCAACAUUCAUCAAGAAGGCCUUGAAAACUGGAGUUGAAAAGGGGAACUAUGUCCAAACCAAAGGAACAGGAGCUUCCGGAUCAUUCAACAUCAAAGCGGAAGCCAAAAAAGGAGCAGGAGAGAAGAAAAAAGUGGCUAAGAAGCCCAAGAAGGCGGCUGCCGGUGUCAAAAAACCUGCUGCCAAGAAGGCUCCUUCAAAGGCCAAAGCCGCGGCUAGUAAAAAGGUUAAAGCAGCUCCAGCCAAGGCAGCCAUAAAGGCUGCAACUGUGAAAAAGUCAGUCACACCUAAGCAGAAAGCGACCAAACCAACCAAAAGCGCAGCUAAAAAACCCAAAACUCCCAAACCGAAAAAGGCUGCCCCAGCUAAAAAGGGCGCUGCCAAGAAGUAAAGUAAUUCAUCUCCAUUACUAGAACAUCUAUCAAUCAGUCCUUUUCAGGACUACCACUUCAAUCGAAGGAGUUAGGAAAUGAACUUUUUUUAAUCAUAAGUUGUUGCAUUCCCUCAGUAUUUUUAAAACAAAAAUAUGACUAAAAUCAACAGCCUAUUGGUUCGACUUCUGUCGAAAUCUUCG